CGCGCACUCGGGGCGGAGGGAGGGCGGCGGAGCCGGCAGCGUGCAGCCUGCAGCCCGGGCGCCCCAGCGCCGCGCAGCACCGGGCCCGCGGCAGCGGAGCGCGGGGACCAGCGGAAGGAGCGCGGCGAGCCGGACCCGGGGCGCCGCCGGCUCUGCCCCGCGCCCCUCGGGCGCUGCCGAGCGCCGCCCGGUUUCUCCUUUGUGCCCGGCCCCCGGCGGCCGCCGCGCCGGCUCCGCGGGAAUAAUGCGGGGCGUGUGGCUGGCGCUCACCGUCAGCUUCGUGGCCUGCGCCUCCGGGCAGCCGAGAACAGAUUUGACUUCUGAUAAAGAUUUAUACCUUGACAACAGCUCUGUUGAAGAAGCAUCAGGCGUCUAUCCAAUUGAUGAUGAUGAUUAUUCUUCUGGGUCAGGUUCAGGUGCUGAAGAAGAGGAGGAUAGUGCAGUGAUAACAACAUCCAGGACGCUUCCAAAGUUACCAACUACUAGUGAUGCAUCUAGGACUGAGACCACCACAGUGAAAAUGCAGACCAAGGUGCCUGCACAAACAAAGUCACCUGAAGAAAUUGAUAAAGAGGAAAGAUCUGAGGUGGAUGCCAAGAAAAAGAGUGAUGAGCCAGGGGAUGACACCGAUGUGUUCACUGAGAAGCAUUCAGAAAAUCUCUUUCAGAGAACAGAAGUUCUGGCAGCUGUUAUUGCUGGCGGAGUUAUCGGUUUUCUUUUCGCAAUCUUCCUUAUCCUGCUGCUGGUAUAUCGCAUGAGAAAGAAGGAUGAAGGCAGUUACGACCUUGGUGAACGUAAACCAUCCUGUGCUGCCUAUCAAAAGGCACCUACUAAGGAGUUUUAUGCAUAAAAUUCCAAUUUAGUGUCUCUAUUUAUGAGAUCACUGAACUUUUUUAAAUAAAGCUUUUGCAUAGAAUAAUGAAGAUUUUUUUUUUUUUCAUUAAAGAGCCAUUAUGGCACCUUUAUGAUAAAACCCCAUUGUAUUUAAAACUUUUCAUGUAUUCCUUUAAAAAUGUAAAAUUAAAACUUAACAUUUGCAGUGUUCUGUGAAUAACAGUGGCAAAGCAUUAUUUUAUAAAACCAUUGAUGUUCACUGAAUGAUUUUUAAAACUUUAUGCAUAAAUAUAAAAUAAUGAAAAAUAUUGUUUUAUCCUAUGGUUCAAUGAAAGUUGUUUAAUUUUUGUCAGCAUGUCUCAGAUUGAUCUUACAAGUUAGUUUUUAUUUCAUUAAUUUAUCUGUUUCCAAAAAAUGCCUUUUUGUAGUUGUCAUGGUGCAAUUUGUCUUCAGAUAAUUCAGAUAACAGUAACUUUUAGUGUAAAUGUAAUUUUUCAGCUAUGUAAACUUUAACCUCCACUUUGUAUAAAUUUAAGUGUCAGAUUAUCAAUUUUACACUUUGCAUUGUUUCUCAGCUUACCUGUAGCUUCAGUGAGAUUUGUAACAGCAAAUUAAUGUGUAAAAUUGGAUUAUUACUACAAACUGUAUAGUCGUAUUCUUACUAAACAAAUCUCCUGUAAGGAAGAUUUGGAGUAAGCUACUGACGAACCUAAGCAAACCCAAAGACUCUAACAGUAUUUUGAGAAGUUGCUGCAGAUUUCUAUGGCCACUGUAUUUGUUAAUUAUUUGCAAUUUGAAGGUACAAGUAGAGGUUUAAAUUUUUGUUCUUUAAAAAUGCAUUUAAGUUGUAAACGUCUUUUAAAGCCUUUGAAGUGCCUAUGAUUAUAUGUGACUCGUCGCAGACUGGUGUUAAUGAGUAUAUAACAGUAAAAGAAAAUGUUGGUAUUUUAUAAGCACAGACAAUUCUAAUGGUAACUUUUGUAGUCUUACAUGGAUAGACAUAAUUGUAAUUUGGGAACAUAAACACUACUGAAUAAAUCAUGUGGCCUAAUACUGAGAA